CUCGCCUCCACUUUUUGUACCAGUCUCCUCCGACCAUCCUCAAGAAUUCUGCUUCGACUUUUCCAACAACCUCACCAAUCCGCCGUGCAUCUCUGCCAGAAAGCGUGUCGCAACUGUAUCGCGACCGCAUCUCGAUCUGACUCACCCCGCACCAGAGCUCUGUGCCUGGAGCGUCGCGCGCGCACCGCACGCCACGCCACGCCACGCCUCGGCUUGAGCUUGAGCAAAAACGUCCCACUUUCGCGACAGCGACGCGCAUCGCAGCAACGCCUCUCUGCCUGUAGACCGUGUCCUCCAUCUCUUUGACUCCUGCGUAGGCCCGUCGACAUUGCCUCAUCUAGUAGCCUACUCUGCCAAUGAAUGUGUGACGCUGCCCCGUUCCAAACCUGGCGGCAACAUCACCAACGGCAUCCUAGUGCCUUUCCACCACGAGGAAGGGAGAAAGGGCAGCAGGCAGUUGCGCACUCCCAGCAGCAGUCGAGACCAGCAGCUGUAGUGAAAACCUCACCAACCUAAGCUUGACACGCACUCCUCCUCGCCUGUUGAUCGCCACGAGCGCGACACCGGCGGCACCCCAGAGUGCGUCCAGCACCACUCCGCUGUCGACCACAACAUCAAUCACGACCCUCGCCGUCCUUUCGCCUCACAGAGACACCAUGUCGGAAGCAGAGCCGCGCCGCUCUGUGCGGAGCACCAAGGGCCAGCACAAGGCGCUCGACGCCCUCGACACUCCUCUCGAGCCCAAACGCCGCGGCAAGAAAUCCUCAAAGAAGCAGUCCGAGCCAGAGCCAGAGACCGAGGAGGAUGAGCUCAUCCGCUGCGUAUGUGGCGCUACCAGCCAGGACGGCUACGCCGAGGACGAGCCCUGGAUCGGGUGUGAAGGCUGCGGCGUCUGGCAGCACAAUGUCUGCGUGGGCAUGAGCAUAUUCGGAGAGGACCUGGAGGACGUCACAUAUUAUUGCGAGCAGUGCAAGCCAGAGGACCACAAGGACCUGGUCGAGGCCAUCGAAAAGGGCGAGAAGCCCUGGGAGGAGAAGCGGCGCCAAUACGAGGAGGAGAAGGCCGCCGAGGAGGACGAGAAGAAGAAGAAGAAGGGCGCCAAGAAGGGCAAGAAACGCCAGAGCGAGCUGUCCCAGGACGACCCAAGAUCCUCCCAGAAGUCUGCCAUGUCCUCUGCCUCCCCGGCCCCGGAGAAGAAGGCCCCCGGCGCAAAGACAGCAGCUGGGAAGCGCAAGGAGCGCCACGAUUCGGCCGACACCACGGCCACAAGAGAGCCGUCCAAGCUGCGCAAGGUCUCCGAGAGCGAGUCUGUGCCUGCUGCCGCCGACUACGAGCCCCCGAGUGACCUGCCCAACACCAUCCCUGAGCUCCCCAGCGGCCGCCAAGGGUCUGCAAAGCUGCUUCAGAAAAAUCUUGUACACGCCAUCAAUGUCUACGAGAAGGAGGGCGGGUACAACCCAUCAGAUGGCGUCUCGAACGAGUCCCGGGCUGAACGUCUUUCGAUUGCCGUCGAGAGGGCUGUCCAUGAUUCUCACCCCAACGUCCAGGAGUACGCCAAGCAGUGCAGGACUCUGUCCGCCAACCUGAAGAGCAACCCGGAGCUCAUCGUGCGGAUGCUCAACCAUUCGCUUACUCCGCCCAUGUUGGCCGUGAUGACAUCUGACCAGCUUGCCUCGGAGAAACAACAGCAGGAGACCGCCGCGGCUAGGGAACGCAGCAUGCGCCAGUCCGUCAUCGCCACAGAGGAAACUCAAACCGGACCGAGAUACAGGCGCACCCACAAGGGCGAGGAGCUUAUUGAGGGUGAUAGCUUCUCGGUGCCAAGCGAGACAGCAUCGUUCCCGCAGCGCCAGGCCAACCGCGAAUCAUCAGCUCAGGCCUCCAAGGCUGGCGCAGCAGCCCGUGCUGGGGGCCCGGCCGCUCAUGCCCGCACGCCAUCCGGGGAACCCAUGAGGAUCGACACUCAGCGCUCACCCUCCAACCCGGAGUUCGAUAUCAACAAGGUCUUUUCCAGCGUCAAGUCUCCAACCGGUUCGCAGCGGCGCCGACCCUCCGCCCCUGCUCCUGCCCCUGCCCCUUCGCAGGGUCCUGGCGAUGAUCCUGAUGUCGAUAGGCUGCUUCAAGACGACGGCAAUGAGUCCCCUCCUUACUCACCAACAGAAGAGACGGAUCCGGAUAUCGUGUGGCGUGGCAAGGUCCAAAUGACAAAUAUAGCAAAUUUUCAGGCCAAGGCCAAGCACGUCGGCGGGGCAGACCUCUCGAAAACACUGGGCCUCCCCUGGAAGACCUUUGUGCCCCAGGAGCUCGUCAUCGGGGGCCGUUUGUCGGUAGCCACGGCGACCGAGUACCUCUGUGGCAUGCGGUGGAGUCCCACCGUGGACGUUGUUGUCGCCAGCUUGACAGCAGCGUACGAGGACGGCAGGAAAGAUUUCGACAGGAUCUACGAGUACUUCGACACCAGGCAGAAGAUUGCCGUCGUGGGCGACAAGUCUGUCGCCAAUGUCAAAGACACUUACCUGAUCCCCGUGGCGGCGGGCACCGGCAACCACCCGGAGUUCCUUCUGAACCUCGAGGACAACUACCUGCCCCAGACUCGAGACGAGAACAUGUUGCUCCUCGUCAUCGUCUAUAGGAAUGACGUUGCGACGAUGAACAAACUCCACGGCUCUGACUGGAACAACAAGGCCGUUGCCUCACCCUCCGCCCAGGCCAGCGCAACGCCCACGCCUGCUCCCCCAAACUUCUCACACCGCAGCGCGUCGCUGUCUGGCCCCAGCUUCUCCCCGACGACGCCCCAUGUCGGCUCCGGUGGCUUCCCGCCACCACCGCAGCCGCAACAGCCCCAGCCCCCUCCCAACAGGCCGCUGACCCAAGAGGAGCUCCAACAACAGGGCGAGGCCGUGGCGCGGGACAUCCUUGGCGAGCACAUCUCUUGUUCGACGGUGGCCUUCAUCCUGCCUCAGGCCCAUGCGAUGCAGGCAACCGAAUGGCACAUUGUGCGCUCCAUUCUCGACAGAGAGCCGCAGGCGCGCGAUAACCUCAAGUACCUCGGUGAGCUCAUCGAGAAAGAAGGCCAGGCUAAGCAACAGAAACAGCAGCAACUGCAACAGCAGCAGCAACAACAACUGCAACUGCAACAGCAAGUUGCCCCUCCUCCGCCUCAGCUUAACCCACCAGCAACAUUCCCGCAGCCCACACAGCCGGCUCCGCCAGUCCAGCCGGCAAUCGCACCCCCUCUUCCGCAGCAGGCUUAUGUCCCGCCCCCGGCCCCGGCGGCGGCGGCGGCGGCGACGCCAGUGGCCCCAGUGGCACCGAGUGCGUCGCCAAAGGCCCCACAGUCUGCCUCCCCGCCCAGCACCACCAGACAGACCCCGAUCUCCCUGCCGUCCAUCCCGGGCAUGCCUGCGUCAGUCCACCAGUCAUACCAGGCUGCGCAGGCGCAAGCCCGCGGGAGGGUCACGGAAUAGAGAGCAGAACCUACCGGUGGGCGAGGUCAGAGAGUUUCGAGAGGUUCUGGUCUGAACCGAGGGACCCCGGUCUCCUUGCCGUCCAUCCCGGGCAUGCCUGCGUCAGUCCACCAGUCAUACCAGGCCGCGCAGGCACAAGCCCGCGGGGGGGUCACGGAAUGGAGAGCUGAACCUACCGAUGGACAAGAUCGGGGAGGUUCUAGUCUGAACCUGCCGGACCAGCAAAAGCCCCGUGGGGCUGUACGACGAGGGCGGGGGUCGACUCGACAGCGGCGCGGACGAUGAUUGUUUGAUGAGGAUGUUUUUGUUUUUUUUUUAACAAGGGAAGGCGGGGGUUCUCCCCUGCAACAAUGACGCUGCAGGCGAUGAUGCACCUCAGGCUUAGCCAUUAUUGAUUCAAAUGGAAAGUUAAAAAAAAGAUUACAAGGGAAGGAAAGGGCGCGGAACAGAACAGAAUAUCGAGUGGUCUAUUUCUUGAUACCAGUGUUGGAGUUUUCUUACAGUGCAGUUUUGCGUCGACACCGGCCGAACGAGUGGUGGGGUGCAAGGGGAAUGGAAAAGAAAGGCGUUGUUGUUGUGCCUGGCCUUUCUGUUGUUUCAGGAGGGGAGAGGGAGCUCAGAUGGGACCACCAGCCCGAGGGCUCUGCGGUGGUUACCAUCAACCCCCCAGUUUAACUGUGGACGUUGUUCAAUGUUGUAUUUGUAUGUACAAGCCCUUGUGCGAAGCACGCACUACGGGCCCUUAGGGAAUAGGCACUACUAUGGAAUCGACAUUUCUAGGU